UUGACAGUAGCCAAUCGAUGAAAUUCAAUGGAAUCAAGAGAAUAAAACGACCAAAAAAGAACAAUAAUUUAGGUCAACGAUCGCUUAGAAGAGAUGAGGACGAGCCAAAUUGAAGCCAGGAGAUGUGGAAUCAACUACCUGAGCUGAUAUUGACACAGAUAUUCGACUAUCUUGAUCGCACUGAUCGCGCCAGCGUCAGCCAAGUCUGUCGAUCAUGGAAUCGCACGUUGUCUUCACCUGUGCUCUGGCGAUCCGUCACAGUUCUCAUCGAUCGCGAUUUACGCGGCGAUUUCCCCCUAGCAGGAGAGCUGGCCGCAAAAUAUGGACAGCAUAUGCGCAGCCUGGAGCUUGCUUUUUCACAACCGUACAUCUCGCCGAGACAAAUUAGGAUCAGACGCAACAUUCAGGCUGAGGCAGGCGCCGAUUUUCUCGCGAUCGUUCGUGCCAAAGACAUACAGCUGCGGCAAUUGACAUUAACGAACUGGAUGUUCGGUUACAAAUGGGGUAAUAGAGGAAUACUACUCUCUGCCCUCGCGAAUUUUCUGCGCAGUCAACGCAGCCUGGAAAUCCUGAGCUUCUUAAAUGCCGACUUUGGUGUGACUGACGUCUUGCGACUGCUUGGAACAGUUGCCAAAGGAUCUGGAGAACAUCUAGUCUCCCUGGAUCUCCGCGGUACUUUCAGAGAGUGGCAAGCUCCUCAUGACAAUCCAAAGUACUUACGCUUACUAGGUCGUUUUCAUGCGCUAACUCUGUUGAAAUUGGACUAUCCGGCUUUAUCGAAUCAUGCUCUUGAUGCUCUUGCAAGCGGAGCAUCAAAAACGCUGAAAUAUCUGUAUAUAUCUGUGAGAGAUUCGGAUUCUAGGCAACACAUGGUAGCGGACGCUGCUUGGCGCAACUUGGUGUUAGCUUGCCCUGACUUGACAGUGUCCUAUACUAUAGUGAACAUCUCGCAUUACGAGGAUAUGUACUACUUGCUACUGCCUAGUGUCCCUCUAGCUAAGUUUCAUAUGUUCAGUGGACAUGUAUGGGAUCAAAGCAGAUCCCGUAACUUCAGAAACACAAUUGGUCUGAUAAUUACUCAAUACACGAAUACCUUAGUUGAAGUUAUGCUGCAGCUUAGGAACAAUCGUGAAUCACUCGAUGAUUUGUUAGUGUCCAUGCUGAUACGUUGCAAACGUUUGAUGAGAUUGCAAUAUGAUGGAAUUAUAAGGAGCUUCGAGACUUUACGCGAGAUAUGUCAACUCCAAGCCGAACGUAAAACCCAUUUCAGGACGAUACAUGUAAAACCUCGGAAUGUCAAUAUACAAAAUCGGGCUAUAUUAAACGAUAUUAAUUAUCGAUACGAUCGCAAAAUGCACGAACAAGGAGUCGAUUUUCGGAUUGAAGAUAUCACUUCGAUCUUAUUCUUCUAUUGAUGAUUUAUCUUGCUGUUAAUAACUUUGGGUGAUUUGAAAAAAAAUU